AUGGAGGAGAUAAGGGAGAGAAAGCCUCACUGCCUUAUCCUCCCAUAUCCACUGCAAGGCCACAUAAACCCCAUGCUCCAAUUCGCCAAACGCCUCAAACACAAAGGGAUUGCAAUCACCCUAAUCAUCACCACCCACCUCGCCAAAACCACGCAGUUGGCGCCUAGCGCCGCCGACGUCUCCCUCGCCACCAUCUCCGACGGGUUCGACGGCGGAGUCCCGCCCGGCACGACGCCGGAGGCCAUACUGGGCCGGUUCGAAGAGCACGGGCGGCCGACCCUGAAGGAGGCCAUCCGGGGCCUGGAGGGCUCGGGCAGGCCCGUGGACUGCGUUGUGUACGACCCUUUCCUGCCGUGGGGCCUGGAGGUGGCCAAGGAAAUGGGGCUGGCGGCGGCGGCGUUCUUCACGCAGUCGUGCGCGGUGGACGAGAUUUACCGCCGCGUCCACAAAGGUGAUCUGAGGGUCCCGCUCGUGGAGGAGGAGGAGAUUCGGGUUCCCGGGUUGCCCCCGCUGGAGCCCCGGGACAUGCCAUCUUUCAUAUCGGUUUACGGGUCGUACCCGAGUGUUUUCGAGUUGGUUGUCCAUCAAUUUAAGGGUCUCGAGAGAGCCGACUGGCAAUUCUACAACACCUUCUACAAGCUGGAGGAGGAGGUGAUCAAUUACAUGGCAAAAUUUUCUCCGGUAAAGGCAAUCGGCCCAAGUAUACCGUCAAUGUACUUGGAUAAGAAGCUGUUAGAUGACACAGACUACGGUCUUAGUGUCUACAAGCCCGUGAGGGAAUCUUGUAUGGACUGGCUGAACAAAAGACAACCUGAAUCAGUCAUAUACGUGUCUUUUGGAAGCAUGGCCGUGCUCGAUGAAAAACAAACACGAGAACUAGCCUGGGGUCUGAAAUUGAGCAACAAGCACUUCUUGUGGGUUGUUAGAUCUUCCGAGCAAACGAAACUCCCACAAGAAAUCACGCAAGACACGUCCGGGAAAGGACUAAUCGUGUCAUGGUGCUCCCAACUAGAUGUUCUAUCCCACGCGGCCAUAUGUUGUUUUCUGACACACUGUGGGUGGAAUUCGACAUUAGAGGCGCUAAGUUUGGGCGUCCCGAUGGUGGCAAUGCCACAAUGGACUGACCAGAGCACGAACUCUAAAUUCGUGAUGGACGUGUGGAAAAUGGGCGUUAGGGCCAUAAGUGAUGAUAAUGGGCUUGUUGGUCGAGAGACAAUUGCUAGUAGCAUAAGGGAAGUAUUGGAAGGGGAUAGAAAGGGGGAAAUAAAGAAAAAUGCUAUUAAGUGGAAGAAAUUGGCUCGGGAAGCUAUGGAUGAAGGUGGAAGUUCAGAUGAAAACAUCGAUGAGUUUGUGACAACUCUAAGUACCAACUCCUCGUCUGUCAUGGUUUUGGAGAAAAAUUGA